ACGCCGUCACGAGCAACGUUUCCAUCCGAAGUUUUGGAUUGAGCGAACUGAUGUGUGCCGGAUAUACCACUCUAUCUCUAAUGCUCGUAUUGUGCACCGUGUGGAAGAUGACUUGAGAGGCGCACGGGGUGACGGUAUUUUCACUGAGGGGCACCUUUCAAACUUCUCAUAUACUUAUAAAGAAAAAAAAAAUAAUAAUUGUUUCUUAAAAAGUAAAAAGAAAUAAUAAUAAGAAGAAAAACAGUUAUCACCGAUAAAUUUUAUUAGUACUUCUCAAAAUAUACUCAUAAAUAAUUUUUCAUGAUUUUUGGUGUGAAGCGUAGUGUGAGACGCGAACUGUUCUAACCCCUAUUUAACUUAAAUGGCGGUGGUUCGAUUUCCUGCAGUGGUGGACAGUUUUCUGCCUUGGUGCGUACACGUGCUCUGCAUUACUGCAAUCAUCUCACAAAUAGCAUGUGUAUCAAUCUUGGAACACAUCGUGGAACCACCUGUCGUCAGCAACUGCUCGUCUGUCACAUUGACGUGUCGGGUGGACACUGGAGCACCGAAUGUGGAGGUCUGGUGGACAUUUCGAGGAGAGAAUGCUUCGAAAUUACCAGAUACAACCAUCGUGACAGACAACGCGGACAAGGGGGAAUGGCAGCUUGAAUUGAAAUGCCCCACUCUGGAACACAAAGGCACAUAUGCCUGCAAUGCUCAAGGAAGGAAUGAAAGCGAAGUCGUCUAUCGUAAAGAAGCGCUUCUCAGGAUUUAUGUUCCCGUCACCAUUGAAGUGGAGCACAAUGUCACUAAUCAGAAAAUUGAUGGAAAAGCUAACUUAACAUGUCUAGUCACUGCUCACCCUUUACCAGCCGUUGAAUGGCUGAAGAACGAUGAAAUACUCAAUACUUCACAUUCGGGCCGGUUACAAAUGGCUACCGGCGAUAUUGAUCCAGUUACGAUAUUGGCGUCUCUCCACAUAGAAAAUUUGGAACGCGAAGAUAAUGGCACAUAUACUUGUCAAGCGAGCAAUGAAUUCACUAAUGCAAGUGCAGCCCAAGCUUUGUUGGUGGAAGAGGCACCUGAAGUAGAGUUCACAAACGAAACAACUGUUGAAGAUACCAGCACUGUUACUCUACAUUGGCGUGUUAAAUACGACGGUAACUUGCCUGUGACGAGAUUCCGUUUGUAUAGAGAUAGUUCAGUUGAUGAAACAACUGUUGAAGUUGAUUCAGAUAUCUUGGGAAAUACUACAAAGUAUACUAUCCAUGCCUUACUGCCGGGCCUUACUUACAGUUUCAAACUUGCUGCUUUUAACGAAGCUGGAGAAAGUGAUUUUGUGUAUUUGAAUGUGUCAAUGCCUGCAGAUGUUCCUCCUAAAGUAUCUUGGGUACAUGUUCUUGCAUCAACCAAUGAAACCCUUCUCUUUGGAUGGAGAAGACCAAACCAUGAUAAUGGGGCCAAUAUUACUCAUUAUACUGUCCAACUCCAUCAUCAAAAUGGCAGUCUUGUUGCUGAUAAAACUAUGGUCAUUAAUGCUCCUGGUCGAAAUAAUCACAUGUAUAUAUUUGUUGGCUUAGAACCGGGUGAAACGUAUACAUUUCAGGUUCAAGCAUGUAAUGCUUUAGGCUGUGGAAACUGGUCCGAGCCUUUGGAAGGCACGACAUCCGAUGGCGUUCCUGAUCCUCCAAGGAAUGUCUUGCUAACUUGCGACCAUGAUUAUGACCGCGAUGCUGACUCAAUUACUGUGACUUGGGAUCCACCCAUUAAUGCUAGAGGCACUGUUUUGAGUUAUAAUGUAACAGUACUCACCAAGGCACAAUAUCGAAAUGACAAUGGUCAAACAGUUGAAGAAAAAACUUCAAAAAUUGAAAUUAUUGACGUUAAAGCCCAUAAACUAGAAUAUAGGACUGAUGUCAUGCCUAAUACUGAAUUCAAUGUAACAAUGUGUACCAUUAACCGCAGUGGAUGUGGUCCUAUGACAAAUAUUACUGUAAAUACCAGAUGCCGCUCACCCUCAAAUGUUCCAUCUGUAUUGCCUCAGUUUUCUAUGCAGAGGAAAAAUAAUUCUAGCAAUUGCAGACAACUUGAACUCAAACUGCAAAGAGUUUCAGAAAGAAAUGGGUCCAUACUGUGCUAUAAAGUAGUUAUAAUAAAAUUGCCAAAAGGUCAAAAUUUAAGUAAAUUGCCUGAAAAUCCUCAAACUCUCCAACUAUCUACACAUGAAAAAGUCCACAAGGUUGAGGGACAUGGAGCUUACAUAGCUGAAGCAUUUACAAGUGAUGAUUUUGUAAGCGAAGUUGUCAUUGGCGAUAAUCAUCAGCGUAAUUGUGAUAUUAAUCCAUCAACAUCUGAUAGGAAAAGGCAUAUUAUUCAAGAUUCAUAUGCCAAUAAUGAUAUGCAGGAAAUAGAAAUGGUACAAGAUGGUAUUUUAGCUCCAAGCACCAAUUACACAGGUUAUGUGUUAAUUAAAGUACAAGGACCUAAUGAUACAAUAUUAACGAAAACAAGCCCUUAUUUUUCUCCAAUUUUAACAGUCUGCACUGUCUCUGUAGGUUCUCCACCAACACCAACUUCUACAGAAAGUCCAAUACUUGUCAUACUCGGAGUAAUUUGUGGUAUCAUAUUGGUGUUUGUAGCUUUAGGUCUGGCUCUUUAUCUCUUACGGAAUAAACAUGGACCACAGUAUUUAGAAAAUGGCGAGCGUUUAGGACUCACAGCUUUGAUACUCAGAACUAUUAAUCGUAAUGGUCAUUUGCCGCGAGGUAAAGGAGGACCACUUUCUAAAAUUCCUAGACUUGGACCGAUAUCUGCAGAAGAGCUUCCUGCUGCAUUUAUUGAAAGACAUAUGGAUAGUGAUUUACUUUUUCAAAGUGAAUUUGAGGCACUGCCUGAUAGCUUUAAAGAUAGGACAACUCAUGCUUCAGAUGCCCCAGAAAAUUUGAACAAAAAUCGCUAUCCGGAUAUUAAAGCUUAUGAUCAAACAAGAGUUAGAUUGCCUGUUAUAGAUGGUAUUCCUGGUUCAGAUUAUAUUAAUGCUAAUUUUGUGGAAGGUUACAAAGGAAGAAAAACAUUUAUUUGUGCUCAAGGACCUCUUGACAGAACUGUUACUGAUUUUUGGAGAAUGUUAUGGGAGCAUCGUGUUACUGUUGUGGUUAUGCUUACUGGUAUAGAAGAGCACGGACAGGUUAAAUGUGCUCAGUAUUGGAAUGAAAAUUCUGCAAAGGAAAUAGAGAAAAUGUUUGUUAUAACAGUUUUGAGCACAAAGCGUUAUUCAGAUUAUAUAGUAAGAAGGUUUCAAGUAGAAUUUACUAAGGAUGGUUUGACUGAAGAAAGAGAAGUUUUACAUUUUCAUUUUGUACUUUGGAAAGAUUUUCUUGCUCCUGAGCAGCCAUCUUGGUUGCUUCGUUUUAUAAAACGUGUAAAUGAACAUUAUUGUUCAGAUAGGGGUCCUCUUCUAGUCCAUUGCAGUGCUGGUGUUGGUCGAACUGGCACUUUUGUGGCUAUAGAUAGUCUAUUACAGCAAUUAGAAGAUGAAGGUCGUAUCGACGUGUUCGCGCAUGUGAGCAAUUUGAGGCAUCAAAGAAACUUUUUAGUACAAUCCUUAAAACAAUACAUUUUUGUGUAUCGAGCAUUAAUGGAACAUGCUCAGUUUGGCGACACAGAAAUUGAAGUUAGGCAUCUCAGGGAUCAUUACGAAUUACUGAAAGAAAAAGUUGGCGACACAGAUAAAACAGGUCUUGCAAUUGAAUUUGAGAAAUUGAGUGAUGUUAUAGAAGAUCCAAAAACAUGUUGUGUUGGAACCAUGGAUAUGAAUGUUGGAAAAAAUAGAUAUGAUUUUAUCAUUCCUUAUGAUCUUAACCGAGUAAUUUUACCUCCAUCUCCUUCAAGAGACCAUUCUUCCUACAUAAAUGCAUCAUUUAUUCAAGGUUAUGAUAGGUCUUUAUCAUUCAUCAUUACUCAAGAUCCCUUGGAAUCUACUGUAAUCGAGUUUUGGAGAAUGAUAAAAGAACAAAGUAUUACAACUCUAGUAAUGUUAUCCGAAAUCGGCGAAGGCAAAACGAAAUGCCAACCUUAUUGGCCAACAGAAAGUGAAGAAAAAAUUUGUGAUUAUAUAAAAGUCACUUUUGAAAGCAGUGAAAAACUUCCAUUUUAUACGAAAAGAGAAUUUUCAGUUAUUAAUACUAAGUCAAAAAACAAUGAUAAACACAUAAUUACUCAGUUUCAAUUUCAAGAAUGGCCAUGUAGCGCUGGUACAGUUCCUGAAGGCACACUAGGCUUAGUAACUUUAAUUGAAGAUGUACAGCAAAAUCAAGAAAAACAAAUUGGAAGUGGACCAAUUACUGUCCAUUGCAGUGGUGGAGGAGACCGAAGUAGUGUCUUCGUAACUUUGAGUGUUCUUAUUCAACAACUGAAAGCUGAAGAGAGGGUAGAUGUAUUUCAAGCAGCAAGAUACACCAGAUCACAGAGGCACUGUAUGCUGCAAACUUUGGCACAGUAUGACUUCUUAUACAGAGGUUUGUUAGAGUAUAUUGUAUCCAGAAAUCUAUGUGAUAUGGGAGACACACAACUAUGAUAUCUUAAUGAAAGUGUAGUCCAUCCAUCAUUUUGUGGUUUCUCUACCUGCCUUAUCUGGCACUUACUCAGACCGAUCUGGUCUGUGCUGUCCAGCCAGCAAGCCUGGUGGAGUUGUUGCUCAAGUAGAUCAGUGCCAUUGUGCCAGUGAUGUUGAUAAUUACUGGCUGGCUGGUUAAAAUAUCCUUUGUGUGUGCAGUGCAAAAGAAGAGUGAAAAGCAUGUUUUGGAGAAGUUUGAUUGUAUUUGGGCCUGUGGGUAGUAUUUGGAUCCUAACUCACUUUUCAUGCCAAGAUUAAAGUGAAAUCAUACUGCCAACAGCAUUUUUCAUAUUAAUACUCAUAGCACAUUUUUUUUUUCAAAUGAUUUGAAUGGCUCUUGAAGUAAUUUAAGGUAUUGGUACCUUUUGCUACGAAGUAAAGUUAUCAACAGUGACUUUUUUGAAGGCUCUUAAGCUAUGGUGCUAUAAUUUAUGGAGCUUGGCUGGCAUUUGAUGCAUUUCGGAGCAUGCAACACACGAUUUUGUAAAUAUGACGAAUCGGCUCAUUGUGGAGUGCCUAUAACCUCUACUUGAUGCAUAAUUCAUUUUUGCCAUUAGAUGACAGGUGCUUUGACUUAGUAGAAGUAAAUGUGUUUGAAAAAAUGAGUAGUUGUACAUAGACUAUAUAUUUUGUAAUUAUCAUUGUUCGUUACAACCUUAGAAAUUUUGUUAUUCUUUGUACUACUUUUAUAAGGAUGAUUCAUCAUUCACAGUGUUACUCAUGUAUAGCGUUUAAGAUGUCAUUUUUGUUAUUUAAAUUAGUUUUUGUCCUGUUAUUUGUUAGUCAGUGUUAAGAAUAUAGAAUCACAAACAUAAGGAAGUAGCAGCUUCAUAAUUUCUAUUUCUAAAUGGACUUUUAUUUAUCAUUCAUCAGCUUUCAUUUUGAUUAUAUAUAUUAAGAGAGCAACAUAUCAGGUCAAAAAUAGUAUUUUUAAUAUAGUAUUUUCUUUUUUAAUUAUUGAAUUGUGGCUCUCAAGCGAAACGUGUUUUGAGUACAUCCAGAUUUUAUAAUACUCUUCUAUUUAAAACAAUUUUGUAACAUUUUCAUAUCAGCAUUUUUACACGAUUUCUUUUAAAAGUAGCCCAGCAAUAAGGAAAAGCUCACUUUUUCCUUGAUUGCAAAUAUGAAAAUUGAAACUUAUUUUCUAAUUUUUUUUUAAUGUCAAAUUUGCAAAUAUUCUGUUGUUUCUCAAUAGCAGAAAGUUAUGCUAACUUUUAAAUAAUUUAUUCUUGGACAUUUGAGAUGCUCAUUCGUGUGCCAUAUUUUAUGGAGAGUUCAAAGUAUCUCUUAGUUAUUUUAUUUAAAACCUUGCAAAAAGUGUACUCAAAAUUACUUUUACUUGAAAUGCAUGUUCUGAAAUGGUGUUUGGAUAUAUGUCAUGUAAAAUUUGGUGCCAAGAAUUAUUAAAAAUUCAUUUCUUUGAAAAGUUGAAGCUAUCUGUAUGAAGAUUUUUUAAUUAUGUAUUUUUUUAUUGAGCUGAAUUAAUGAUUUUUGUUCUACAGUAACAUUUUCAUUACAGACCUCUUAAAUUUUGAUGUAUUAUGCUCUAAGAGAGGCAUUAAUUCUUUUUAUUUCAGUUACAUAAACGAUGUAAAGUGCUCGAUACGCAAAUGUAUAAUAUAAAAGUUGUAACACACCGAAAAAAUUAUGAGAAGCCUUACAUUUCUCACGAUUACAAUUUUCAAAAGUUCAUACAGUUUCAGCAAGGAUAAUUUUGUAUAUGGAUUUUUUUUCUUCAUUUGUGGUAAUUACUAUAAUUUUUAUGUCAUAUACACGUUAUUUAAUUACUUUACUCUUUUGGAAAUAAGAUGUACAUAUAUAACAAUAUUCAUGUGAAAGCCAGAACUGUAUCAAUAUUCUAUGCAAUUCUGACUUAAGCAGUAUUCAGCAUUCUUUUAGCUAAUUCCUAAGAUAAACUGCCAUGUCAUUAGCAUUUCCUACAUAAAAUUUUUCAUCUAUAUUUGUCAAAUGUAUAUCCUUUGCUUCUAAUAAAAAAAAAUAACACCAAGUUAAAUCUUACACAUCAAUUUUGAAUUGGCUAUGUGAAUAUGUUUUACUGGAAGCACAUUAAGCAUCUUUUUUGAGAUAUAUGGAAUAAAUUUUUUAAAAAAAUUAAUGGAUUUAAAAAAUCUUCAUUGUUCUUGUUGAGAAAAAGAAGUAAAAUAAUUGAUAUGCAAGAUUUCUUCAGUAAGUUAAUCCUUUUAAGACUGUUGAUAUAUCUAAGUUCGUUCAUUCAAAUCAAUUUUAAUUAAAUGAACUAAUUUUUAAUAAUCUGUUUUAAUAGAAGCAUUUAUCAUGAUUAUAAUAUUCUUUAAGUACUGAUAUGGGAAUAACAGAAGUAAAUUUUAAAAAUAUUGAUUGUUAUGUGAGAAAAGUUUUGAAAUGUAUAUGGAUAUUAUAAUGCAUUAGAUUUUACAUUGGAAUUCUAAAGAAUUAUUUUUUAUAUUUAUUAUUACUCAUCUAAAUUUGGAGAAAAUUAAUCAUGAAUUAAUUUGAGUUUUCUUAUAGCUUUCUUGUACAAAUUAUAGUUAACUGAAAACAUUCUCAAUGUUUUUACAUUAACUUAUUUUUUAAUAUCAUUGCAUGGAUUUUAUAGUUAAGCGUAUAUUUUUGUUAAUCAUGGUAUAAUUUUUAGGAUUGAAAAUUUUCAAAAUUAUUUCCAAACCAUAUAGCGAAAUUUACUAUCGCUCCGCUUCAUGGGAAAAAGAGAGCCUUAAUAUUUAGAUAUGCUCUAUUCUAAUUAAUUUGUUACAUUAUGUUUUAUUAAUGCCCAAUAUAUAUUUACUUUUUUAGCUGAAUUUCAUUUCUAAACUGAAGGCUAAGACACUCAUGAUUUUGAAUUAGAAAUUUUGAAAUGACGUCAGAAAACUUAGAGCAGAUUUUAAAAGAUUUUUGGACAUAAUUUCAUAGUAGGGGAAAAAAAAAAAAAAAAAAAACGUUUGCUUUAGGCAUAGCUUUCUUUUGUUUCCUCCAUAAAAGUUUUUGAGUAACUUCACAAUUGAAUUAAUUUUAAAGAAUAUUGAAAAUUACUUUUAUAUUAUUUGGAUUUUGUAAACUGAAUUAUUAUUUAAUCUAUCAAAUUUUAACAAUUCCUUACUUAUUCUUGGUUUUAUAAUGCUUAAAAACCAAUUUGAAAAAUAUUAUUUAAAUUGUAUAUUACAAUUGUAAAAUAUAAAUAUCAUAUUAUUUAAAUUGUAUUGUUAUAUAAUUUAAAAUAAUAAGCAUUUUUAGUCAUUAAAAAUGCAUAUUUUAUCUGAAAUUUGUAUUAUCUUAAAUUGACUUCUUUAGAUACCGUAUUGAAAGAAAAUUCAUUUCAAAAAGUUAUAUUGCUUUCUAGUCAGAGAAAGAUCUGGAAUUUUCCUGAAAUUGAGUGUUUUUCAAUCACCCGUAUGAAAGUUCCGAUUUCACUCAGGGAAAAUUACAUGCUUUCUAUACAGGCAACCAUAUAAAUUAGACAAUUUUAAUAUAAUGCUGAAAUGAUGUUUGCAUACAUUUUACAGUCUGUCAUAUUAUAAGCAAAUAAAGCAAGAACGUUAAAAAAAAUCGUACUUAAAGAUUAUUUUAAAGAGAUGUCUUUGAAGUUUAAUAGCUAUUAUUUGUGGAAAAAGUAAUUAUUCCAGUAAAAAGAUCAUUUUCAUUGCUUUUUAUUGCAAAAUACUUUAUUCUAUUAGCUCAUCAUAAAGGCUUCCCUUCUUACUCUAAGUUGUAAGAAUGCCCUUCGCUCAAUAGCGCAGGUAAUAUAUAAAUUUCUUUCAAAAAUUCCUUUGUGAAUAUUAAAAAAAAGACUUCCUUUUGCCAAGAGUUUACAUGUUAUUUCAGUUUUGAUACAUUCACACAAUUUUGUUUUUCUACUAUUUUCCUCUGCUAUAGAAACAAAUAUGCAACUCAAAGUAAAAUUAUAGCUGAUAGUCUCUUUCAAAAAUUUCAGAUGUUGAGAAUCGUGCUUUGCAACUGUUUUCAUUUCUUACAAAACACGUUUUUCGUUCCUAUUGCUGAAUCAUCAUCACAUUUUAUAUAGUUUCAAAAUUUUCAUUAAGUGAAUACUUUUAUAUAGUUGCUCCCAGUACUUUAAAAUACUUCUAAUGAAUCUUGUGAAGUCAUAACUACUUAACAUUCAUGCGGAUAGUUUUCGAAAACAUUUCCUUGUUCUUGUUUAUUUUUCUGUUGGGCAAAUGGUUCAUCUACUGCAAGAAAGAGAUUUUGUGUAACAUACACAUUGCAGUACGAAAUAAUAUUCAUGAUAUUCUCCAAAUAUCAAGUUCUAUAGAAAUAGAAUAUAAGUUUUGAAAUACUAUAAAAAUCAAGUACCAUUAUUAUUCAGUUUUUAUGCCGAUUAAUCUUGAUUUAUUUCUAAUUACUUAAAAUGUUUGGCAGUUCAUUGCUUAGAGUUCAGUUAUCUAUGCAAGUACUAUUAAAUAAUAUGGCUCACCUUUUUUUUCUUACAAAUUUACGGGAAAACAUUCCUCCUUGGGUUAAUCCAUUAACUCUAUAUAUUUAUAGAUCCCUUUUUUUUGAAAAUGUAACCACACUGGGGUUUCUCCCGCAACUUCGAAGCAUCUGGAAUGGAAGUGAUUGACCAUCGUCGCGAGAGCUCUGAGGCGGGAACUUAAGUUGAGUCGUAAUGUCAAUCACCGGUCGCAGUGUAUCUAUUAGGAGGUCCCAUUUUGGGAGUGGACGAGACUGAACCCAACGCCAUUGCUAUACCCACAAGGGAAGCGAAAACCAACCAUCAAAGCUUUAACUAUAGUCCCUCCCCGUAUGGUGUAUAAAAUAAAUAUGCCGGACUACUUAUAAAAAUAGUCCAUUAAUUAAGUAGAUUCAUAAAAUUAUUUUUACGAUAUUCUCAAAUUAAAUAGCAAAAAGUUCCUGAGCAAUCCAAUAAAUUAUGAAAGCUUAUUUAAACGAAAGUUAUAAGUCUGCAAUAUCUGAAACCCGUUUAAACUAUCAAAACGAAUAAAAAGAGUAAAUGAUGCAAAGAACAGGUCAAGAAAUGCCAUUAAGAAAUUAUAAAAUUACUGUGAAGUUGUUUUCUUGGACAUUUUUUUUUUUUUUGUUUAAUUUGAUACUGAAUAUUUGGAUGCGUUUUCUUUAUAAUUGCAACAACUUUGAUAAAACAUGAAAGAGUAAUUGUCUUUCAACUUACCCGUUUUGUUCAAAAAUGAGAUGUUUACAGAUUCAGUUUUUCAUAAUGUUACUUCUAUAUAUCACAACUGGCAGUCAAAGUUUAAUAUGGAGUACAAAUGUGUAGGUAUUUAUUUACAAUAUGUUAAACACUGCUUUGGCUUACAAUUCACAGUAAAAAAAAAAAAAAAAAAAUAGUACGAUUGCCUAAUAAAAAGAUUGAAUCUAUUCAUCCGUCCUGAAUUUAACCCACCUGAUACUUUUGGAAAUGUACGAUCUCAGUAUCUUGAAUUUGAUUUAAAACUUGCUUCGUUUUAUUUGUAAACAUUCUUAUGAAUGUGUCAGUUCAACGCAAUUCUUUAUUAUCUUUUGAUGUCAGUUUUCAUUUUGUGUGUGAUAUAUUCAUGUUAAGAUGCUAUAAAAUUUGAAAUGUACGAUAACCGAUUAAUGAUAAUGAAUGUUACAAGCACUUAAUUUCAAAGUAGCAGUGUACAAUAAUACUCAGUUUCACAUCAGCGAGUUAAUUAAGCGUUGUGAAAUAUUAAGUAUGAAGUUUUUUUUUUUUUUUUUUUUUCAAUUAUAUUGUUGAAACGACUAUUGAUUAUGGCAAAUUUGAUUCUAAAAUGAAUGAACAGUUUUGAAAGAAUGAGGUAUGUUGCCAAUCAUUAUGUCGGAUAUUAUUUCUUUCUCACUUUUUAAUUGUGUUCAAAGUAUUUUUCUCCUUAAAAGUUUUUAAUGUUGGCAAAAUAGUAAACUUUUCAUUUGUAAAAUAUUGCACUUUUGCAUUCCUAAUUUUUGUGCCCUUGAAAUACAUAUUACACUAUGAAUUAGUGUUAAUGUUUGUGUUCAUGUAUUGAAAAUCAAUUAGUAUUACUUAGUUUUACUCUUCAAAUUUUUCUAAAACAGCAAAUAUAAAGCAAUAAAAGAUAAAAUUGUGGACAUUAAAUGGUAUUUAUAUGUAUAUAAUAAGUGUAUAUAUAAGAGAGAAUGAAAAAAAAAUUCAUAUGAAGCAACAUUUGGAAUUGUAGAUCAAAUAAUCAUGCAAUAUAAAACCAAUCUUUUUCUACCUUUCUAACCUGGAUAUUGUGUGUAUGUUAAUACAAUUUUGUUUGCAAAUAUAUUAAAAUGUACGAAUGAGCAUUUAAUAUAUUUGAUACAGAUAGUAAAAAAAGCAUUAUAUACUUUUAUUAUUACUAUGAUGUUUAUUUCAUCAAAGUCUUGAUACAAAACUUUACACUUUUCUGAAGCAAAUCUAUAUCCUAAAUUGUAAGCUUUUCAUUAGUCAGUGACGUCACUAGGGGGCGCGCAUGUGGUGUUGACAAUACAUGGUAAUACCAAUGAAAAUGUGGCACCAGAUCAGUUGUAAAUAAGAUUUUCAAGCCAUGUAUCAUCACAAGUAUCACCUUUUCAUGAAAAUACUCCUGUAGUUAGUUUUAAUUGAAUACUCUUUUCGUAAGCCCAGCAUGCAUACAUUUUAUCAAUACACUUUAGAAAAAAACUAGAUGUUUUCUCCUUAUGGUGUGUAUUCAGUCCAGUGAAUUUAUCGCUGCAAGUUUUAUUGCUUUUCAAAUGGCAUUUUCUUGACGUAUUUAGUUUUCGCUGUUUACAUCUGGGUAUGUGGCAUUACGAUUUCUGUAUGCAUAUGCAUAAAUUUAAUUUGUGUGAAUAUUAUUGUCCCACCAGUAAUACAACAGUGAAAUAGCAUUCGUUAAUAACAUAAACGGGAUCAUGGUUACAAACAGUGAAACAUAUUAGUGUUAUAAAUACGGAAUAGUACUAUAAAAAUUAUAAAGGGUGACACAAACUCCAGUGACGCCACUGUCAUUAGUUGUGGAAUCCAUUCGAGAAAUGUAGUUUAGUGUCAUGAUAGUUGUUAAAAUAUGAAGUCUGAUAACUUUUAUUGAAUUUUUAGGUAAAAUGUUUUUAAUUGAAUUGCUGAAUACAAAAAGUGUACAAUUCUUAUUACCACUAGGAAUUGGGAACAGAGAUUAAUUAAAUUUAAUUGGGAGGGCCUAAAAGGAAAAUUAGUGUAAUCACCGAAAGAAUUAUUACUAUUUAAAUGAAUUUAAAAUAAAAAUUUUUCUUUGACAAACGAAUAAAAAUAAAACAAUUGUACUCUUUUUUUUUUUUCUUUUUUUUUUAAUAAUCAGCGAUUCAAAGGUGGAAUAAUUUUGAAUAAUUUCAAUAUCAGUAAGGUUUUGAGUUUCUUUUAAUUAUAAGAUAUGACUUUAAAACGUGUAUCAGAUUUUAAAAUUAUGCAUGCUUGAGUUAUGUAUAAAUUUCUUAUAUUGCUCAAAAAUUAUUUGUUUACAAAGUUUGUUUCAUGAUUUUUUAAUGCAUAACUUUUGUUUGGAUAUUCGACGUAUUUAGAAUUGUGGAAAUGCAUGUAUGUAUUAUUUUUAUUUAUUUAGUAAAUGUUGUGUGUUGUAUAAUGAAACUCUGUGAUAAAUUCUGUAUAUUGUGGAUCAGUUACCAAGUAUGUUUUUCAAAGAAAAAAAUUUGUUCAAGAUGUAUCCGAUUACUCAACAAAAAUAUGUAAACUUUCCUCUUGUCUUGUAGUACUUAAAGAGUGAAAUUUUGUUGAUAGUUUCUAUACAUGCUGGUGAAAGAGAAUUGAGUUUUUUGAAGAGUUUAAAUAAAAAAAGUAAUUUGUA